UUUCGAGCUGGACAUCGCCACAGGUUUUCGUCCAUCGGCUGCCUCCGUGCUAACAAGGCUACAGGAUGCAGUUGUUCCUGCGAGGAUUGGGCACCCAUGUGGUGGAAGUCAAUUCAGCGAACAACAUUAACGAUGUUAAGCGUAUGUUAGCUGAAGCCAACUCAAUCGACGCAGCGAUUCCAAUCAACCUCUGGUGUGAGGGUCACUUGCUAGACGAUGAUAGUUCGGUACUGGAACUGAGUACGAACGAACUGGAUGUGACCGUUGGUCUUCUCGGCGGUAAAGUGCACGGCUCGUUGGCCCGUGCCGGAAAGGUUAAAGGCCAAACACCUAAAGUGGAGAAGAAGGAAAAGAAAAAGAAGAGGACAGGACGUGCCAAGCGACGCAUCCAAUACAACCGUCGCUUCUCUUCAGUGGUUCAAGCCUACGGUAGACGGCGUGGACCGAACGCCAAUUCGGCAUAAGAACCUUUCUAUUCCUCUCUAAAAUUUUUUUUUUGUGUCAAGAUUCACCGAAUCCUGCAUACUUCGUGCAAGAUUCAUCGAAUCCUGCACACUUCCUUUCCUUUUUUUUUUUUUUGAUUUUACAUUCGCUUACAUCAACACAAUGGAAUCAUUGCCUUGACGAUUUUGCGAAGUAAAUCAACAAUAAAACAGAGACCAAUUGAA